CACACACACACACACACACACACACACACACACACACACACAGAGAGAGAGACAAGUAAUGUAUCUACAGUUAUACUGUGAUGUCUUAGUAAAUAUUCUAUUUGGUGAAAGAUAAACUAUUGUAUUUAUCCUAGUGGAUCUAUAAUUAAACGGAUAAACUAGCAGUAGCACAUCCAACGUCAAGGAAAGCAAAAAGUUAUUAUCAGGAGAGGGAGAAUGUUUAAGUGGUUAGCAGCAGUGUGCUAGACGAUGGCCCCCUCCAUGAGGCCAUCACAGCUCAGCAGAAUAUCAUUGUAGCUUCUUCUGGGGAGAAAAACACUUGGAGAGAAAAUAAAGUUAACAGCUGAAAUUGCAGAAAGUAAUACAGUUAAAGAGCAGAUAGUAGAAGAAGGUAUAGUGUGGAAAGUGGUCAGUGUAUCCUCCAGCAGUCUAAGCCUAUAGCAGCAUAACUACAGAGAAAACUCUGGAUAAUCUAUCCUAUUUAGAUGGAGGCAUGUUGGAGGCAGGGCAAGGGAGAGCCGUCUUUACCGACUGUACACUCCACCUCCCUCUACUCCUCCACUUGUCCUGAUUUAGGCUAACAUCAGAUUUUAACCAUAGGCCCCAUCAAAUAAAAAUGUUUUAAGCCUAUUCUUCAAUGUAGACAAAGUGUCUGCCUCAUGGACUAAGGCUGGGAGCUAGUUCCACAGGAGAGGAGCCUGAUAACUAAAAGAUCUGCCUCCCAUCCUAAUUUUAGAUAUUCUGGGAACCACCAGUAAACCUGCAGUCUGGGAGCAAAAUGCUCGGUUAGGAACAUAUGGAACAAUCAGAUCACUUAUGUAUGAUGGAGCUUGAUUAUUAAGAGCUUUAUAUGUGAGAAGGAGGAUCUUAAAAUCUAUUCUGAAUUUAACAGGUAGCCAAUGUAGGGAAGCUAAUUCUCAUCAGAACUCUAGCUGGAGCAUUUUGGACAAGCUGAAGACUUUUAACUACAUUCUGUGGACUUCCUGAGAGUAAUGAAUUACAGUAAUCCAGUCUUGAUGUAAUAAAUGCAUGAACUAGUUUUUCAGCAUCACUCCUGGAAAGGAUGCUUCUAAUCUUAGCAAUAUUCCGAAGGUGGAAAAAGAAAAUCCUACAAACCUGUUAAACAUGGGAUUUGAAUGACAUGUCCUGGUCAAAUAUAACACCAAGGUUCCUUACUUUGUUCUCGGAGAUUAAUGUAAUGCCAUUCAGGUCAGGCGAUUGGCUAAGCAAUUUCCUUUUCUGGAUGUCUGGUCCAAAGAUGAGAAAUUCUGUCUAGUCUUGAUUUAAAAGCAAAAAGUUUAGAGUCAUCCUAUUUUUUAUGUCCUCAAGACAAGCCUGUAAUCUACCCAACUGAUUAGGUUCAUCAAGGUUAAUGGAUAAAUAUAACUGAGUAUUGUCAGCAUAACAGUGGAAGUUUAUCCCAUGCUGUCUAAUGAUUUUACCAAUUGGGAGCAUAUAUAUAGUAAAAAGAAUUGGUCCAAGCACUGAACCCUGUGGUAUUCCGCAAGUAACCCUGGAGUAUGAAGACAAUUUGUCAUGUACAUUUACAAAAUGAAAUCUGUCAGACAGAUAGGAUUUAAACCAGCCCAACACUGUUCCUUUGAUCCCUACAAGAUGUUCAAGUCUUUCUAAAAGAACAUUGUGAUCAACUGUGUCAAAGGCAGCACUGAGAUCUAACAAGACUAGAACAGAAACAAGAUUCUUAUCUGAGGCCAUGAGAAUAUAAUUUGUAACUCUCACUAAUGCAGUUUCAGUGUUGUGAUACUCUCUAAAACCAGACUGAAAUUCCUCAAACAGAGCAUUAGUGUUUAAAUGCUCACAUACUUGGAUGGCCACUAUUUUCUCCAGGACUUUGGAUAAAAAUGGAAGGUUAGAUAUUGGUCUAUAAUUCAGUGGGUCAUCUGGAUCCAGAGAAGGCUUCUUAAUUGAAGGUUUGAUUACAGCAACCUUAAAAUCUUGUGGUACAUACCCAUUCACUAAGGAUAGAUUGAUUGUAUCUAGAAUGGGGGCAGUAACCAAAUGAAAUGCUUCUUUAAAUAAUUUGGUUGGGAUUGGAUCCAAAAUGCAAGUUGAAGGUUUAGAUGAAGCUAAUAUUUUUGAUAACUCUGAAAGCUCAACUGGAUCAAAACGGUUCAAGCACAGAUGAAGUUCUGCAGUCACCUUUGAUGCUGCCUCACUUACUGAGGAAGAAGAAAUUGCAUUAGGGAGGAUGCUAAAGAUUUUUUUUUCUAAUAUAAUUAAUUUUACUUGUAAAAAAUCCCAUGAAGUCAUUGCUGCUGAGGGCUAAGGGAAUAGAUGGCUCAGAGCUAUGAUUCUGUGUAAGUUUAGCAACUGUACUGAAAAGAAAUUUAGGAUUAUGCUUAUUCUCCUCAAUCAAUGCUGAGAAAUAAGCAGUUCUAGUUUGUCGAAGCUUAUUUUUAUAAAGCACAAGACUAUUUUUCCAGGAUAGGUAGGCCUCCUCAUGGUGCGUAGAGCGCCAUGUUCUCUCCAAUUUCCUAGAGUUUUGUUUUAAGGCUCGUAAAUGAGAAUUAAACCAGGGAGCCAACUUCCUGUCCCUAAUUACCUUCUUUUUUAAAGGGGCAACAUCAUCUAAUGCCACACUCUUGGGCACUCUUUUCUUGUCAUGAAUUACUGCAGCGGUUUCUCUCGUUUAAUGCAACCUAACGCUUUAAACAUUCAUAAAUGAGAACGUGGAUGUGGAACUUGUGCCAUAUUUUUUUAUGAUUUAAAAUGUAAUUGAGUUGAUGUAAUUGUACAUUUUUAAUUCUCUGAUUCACUGGCUUCUGCUUUGAUGCUGAUGAAGAUGCAAAUCCAACCUUUUUCUAAAUAUAGGACUUAAAUACCAUACAAAUCUAUCUGCUCUUGACUCAAAGAAAAGCCAUAAUCUGCAUAGUCCAGAAGUGAUGCCAAAACUUUCAAACGAGCUGCCACCAUCUUUGUUUUGGUCAGUAGCAGUAACAUUCCACCCACCAAACCAAUAAAGCACUAUGAUUGGCCCACCAAACCGAUAAAGCACUGUGAUUGGCCCACCAAACCUAAAAAGCACUGUGAUUGGCUGGCCACAAUAGUGGUCAGAACUGCUAAGGUACCAGUGGAGCGUCGCUAGACUAACAUGCAAAGCAGAAUCAUUUUGCUUCUGCCAAUAUCUGUCUAGAUUUCUAGUCUAUGGAUUUGCUACAAACUACUAAUAAAACUGCCUGCCACAACUUUUUAAGCAAAAAUAGUAUUUUUUGUGUGUGUGUGUGUUCUAAAAGUCAGCAGACACAAUAUUUUCUGUACUUGUGGUUGCGAGUGAUGGCAUCAGUGACUCCGAUUUAAUGUCAAAGAAAGGUUUUUUUGGACAAAAAAUGUUUACCAUCACAUAAUCUCUAACUCAUGCCCACACUUGUCUUCUGGUUUUAAAUAAAGCCCUUUUGUUUAAAAACUUACAGGAAAACGGACCUUCAUCAUAAAGCACACCUUUUCAUUUUAGAGAAUCUGGGCAAAAUUUGUUAAAACUGAAGUCUUAAAAAUGUAAAAUAUGCAUGUAAAUGGAUCAUAGUAUUUUUUAUGUUAUUCUAAAAUGCAGAACAGGUGCCCCAUCCAUGCUAUAACUGUUUGUUAAUUAAUUAAUUAAUUAAUUAUUUUUAACAGGAAGUGAGAAAACACAGAGAUGCAGCUGCCCUCUGUUGGUGGGAUGAGUAUUCAGGACAAGCUGAAAAUAAACAGAACUCAGCACAUUUUCCCACAAUUAAAACGUAAUAAAAGAAAAUGCACCCGCGAAACUCCUGAGCAACAUUAAUAAACAAAUCCUAUGACUGUCAAUGAAGAACAAAUAACAGGAGUUGAAUGAACAGUUCUGAUUAAAACAACAACACACAUGACAAGCACUAAUGCAGUUGUAACAUCAUGGAUCAGUUGUUACUAUAAGCAGCGCUUCUUAACGCUAUCACAAACUUAAAUCAAGUAUUUCAGGUGGCCUCACCUCUCUGCCACAUAGUUGAUGAGUGUGUAGCAGAAAACAACCAGUUUUUAAGGAGAAGCUUUUGGUUCCCAAAAUCUCUGUGAUUCUGAGUUGCUGUGAAAUUGAAGUUAAGAAUAAGCUAAACGGCCUUGCUUGUCAUUUUAAAAUUGCUAUACUGAAUUUGUUAGCAUACAACAUUGUUAUACGGUGACAGAGGUGUGUUCCAGUAUUAUUAUUUGCAGAAAAAGUGCCAGCAACAGGUCAGAAACUUAAAACUGAACCCUCAUUGCUGUGUUCUGGAGGUUAAUACACCUUUAAAAAUAGGGUUGGGUUUUUAUUUUUGUGUUUUCAAAAAGCAAAUGUUCUUGAAAUGCUUUUUCAGUAUUGCAGAUGCCCUUUUUGAGUUGUUUUGAUAGCUUACUGACCCUGCCCUUGUUAUAAAGUAACCUUUGAGUUUGGAUGUAUUCAGCAGCUGUUUGGCUUUGUCAGUGUCGUACACUUUUGGCACAAGAAGUGUUUUAGCUGCAGCCAACAUUAUUUUGUGUCUACUGCUAAUUAGUAGCUGAGAGGGUUUCAAAUGAUGGAAGGGAAGUGGUACAAUCCAGCAGUGCUAACUAUUAGUGCACUGCUUUUUUCCAGAGUCUUACUUUUCUACUCUCUGCACAUAUUUUGUAUUCUCUAUUAGAAGAAGAAGUAUGGGGUGAUGAUGAUACCAUAACACUCACACAAUCCUUUGAACUUUUUCAGCGAUGCACUGCAGGAUGGAUGGGAUGUCUGCUAAAGUCAAAGUUCUUUAUUUGUCCCCUUUGGGAGAAACUUGGUUCAGAAAGAGGGGGGUUACACUGCACCACCAUCCUUCACUCAUCCAGACCAUUACUGAAAUAAAACAGUACAUGCACAGAUUAAUAACAAAAAUAAGGAGAAAAUUAAGAAAGUGUAAAAUAAAAUAAAUAAAUAAAAACCUACAAAACAAUGUAUCUUAAAAGGAAAUAUACACGUUCAUUUUUAACCUGCCUGCCUAUAGACAACAGCAUGUUCUACCAGAUAUGUUCAUCUCAUGCUUGAUGUGCACUCAUUGUUUUGGGAGAAAUUUAGGGUUGUACCAGUUAUGUUUACAGAGACGGACACUCUUCCUUUGUUGCAAGUUUAGUAAAACACCUUUAGUGUAAAACAUGGCAGGGAGCUGUUAAAAUACUGUCUGCCUGUCUGAGGAUGGUCUUCUCAAACAUCUCUGUGGUGUUAAGAGAGCAGUUGAACCUAUUAUCUUCCCAGUUAUCAGAGUUUAAAUCUGAGUCUUUGACUUCACAGUCACGCUAUGUUUCAGAGACAGUAUAACAGCAUGACUGUUUAAGUUUAUUCACAUCAAUACUUUCUGUAGUACUAGUUCUAUAUCUUGUUUAGAUUUAAACUUGAAUAUGUCAGAACCCACUUGGCCAAAGGGGAAGUCUGAGCCUUUGCUGGUUUUGGGGGGUCUUUGUCAUUUGUUUUUGAAGCUUUGAACACUUUCUAUUUUUUUGUCAGAAGUCAUUCUAGAUCACUUCAGGAGCCAUUGUCUGUUCACAAUUCCCAGAUGUGACUGAUUUAUGAGUUCUUAUAUGUUCUUCCUCAUGAAAGGUGGAAAAACUGCACAGAGCACUUUGUAAACUAUUCUGUAACAAAAAUUUAACACCUUGGGUCCCAGUAUUGUUGAAUGACAAGUGGAACAUCUCUCAUUUGUCUGCCCAACCCUGAUAUAUUGGGUUCUGCAAGACUUGAAAGUUCCUUAUAUGUUGCUUACGGCUUACUUCUCUCAACACAUUCCAGCAAAGCGUUCUAACUGUGCGUGUGAGCUGAGCCCUUGACAAUGUUUCUGGAAGUCCCAUACUUUCUUCUGCUGUACAGGACACACAUCAUUCCACUGUAGCCACUGACAUAUGCACAUGGGAGCUGAAGGCAGCGACUUUAAUGCUUUUAACUGGUUUGUGGUAAUUUAAAACUGUAACCUGUCUGCCAAAGAUGCAAAAGGGUUUACCUAAAAUAUAUAAUAUUUAAUAAUAUGAAAACAAAAUUAGAUACCUUUUUUUUUAUCAAACAUUUUGUAAAGUUGUAUUGUUAACCACUGAAAUAGUAUUUUCGAUCUAUGAUUCAUAUACCUCUGGGUCUAAUUUUUAACAUUCUGAUACAUUUGCAAGAUCACUGUCAGAUAACAUUUUUUUCCAAACUAAAGGUGUUUGGUAGUUAAAAGCCGAUCAUUGCAGAUUUUACUCCUAACUUUGGUAACUUAGACUGAGAAUGUGAAGUAAUGUAAAAGAGUUAUCAUUAAAUAAAUGAACUUAAGUUAUUAUUUAUUUUAUCAAAAUACACUAAGAAACACCAUUUAGGUAAGGUUUAAAUCGUUUCAUUUGAGCCUGUUGCAUUUACUGUCGCUAAUCUAUAAGCAAAGCAACAACUGAUAAACAUGAGCUUGAGCUGCUUUUGAGAACCUAUCAGUGUAUUUUAAACACUUUUGAAUUAUUAUAUUAAUUAUAUAUGUACAAUAAUUUUAAUGUUUUAUAUACAGAGCAGACUUCCUCACCACACAGGCUCUGAGCACUGUUGUAAAAAUAAUCCUUUGAUUUGCAUUUCUUGAGCUGAAAUUGGAGAGGCAGGCUAAUCUGGAUUUCUAUUUCUUCCCCAUGUCUUUCAUUUCAGAAAAGUCCUCAUCUACUAAAAUCAAUAGCAAGUUUCACGUGGUAACCUGAAUUUUAUAGAUUAUUUUCGUUUUAAUUUAAUAACAAGUUGGACAGCAGCCUUCUCAGAGGAGACUGGACACAGAAAUCAGAAAUUUUUUGGAAAAAUCUCAACUUCUAACUGGUAAAACGAUCUUAUUUAUCCUUAUUUGAUUCUGUAAUUCAGUCACAGUAACGGACAUUAUUAUGCUCCAGUGUAAUUAUGAAAGGAGGCUAAAGAUGUCGCUCUUGGCUUUAAGAAAAUUAAUUCGGACCACUCCACCCAUCGCUGCAUAAACGAUCGGUUUGAUCUACAAAGAACCAUCGGGAUAGACUCACUCGUGUUUCUUUGAGAAAUCCUGCGCUUAUUUGCUAUUUGGUACCCAAUUUGUUGUUUCAGCAUUGAUCUACCGUCUUAUGGAAACAUGGGAUACCAAGGGAUUUUAACAUUUGGCUCGAUCUUCUGUUUCUCUUUGUUUUUUGGAGCGCUGCAUCUGGCCUGCGGGGAUCUGAGUUAUUCGUUUCCAGAAGAGAAGAAAAGAGGGUCUGCGAUCGGAAAUAUAGCAAAGGAUCUCGGUCAUGAUCUGAAGACUCUCUCUUCUCGCAAGGCCCGUGUGGAUUUUGAGGGGAUGCAUAAACGCUACUGUGAAAUUAGCUUCGGUUCUGGGGAUUUAAUAGCAUCGGAGAGGAUCGACAGAGAAAGCCUUUGUGGCAAGAAACCUUCGUGUGUUGUAAAAGCAGAUCUGGUGUUGGAAAACCCGCUGGAGCUUCACCGCGUGAGUCUACAUGUUCAUGAUGUGAACGAUAAUUCACCACAGUUCAAUGAAGAAAUUAUUCAAAUGGAAAUACGAGAGUCUGCGGAAAAGGGCAACCGGUUCUCCAUAGAGGAGGCCCAUGACGCAGACAUAGGACAAAACGAUAUUCAGAGAUACAGCCUGCAGAGAAAUGAACAUUUUAUUCUAGCAGUGGAUAACAACAAAGUCGAGCUCGUACUAGAAAACAAACUUGACCGGGAAAAGCAAAAAGAAAUUAAUUUGCUGCUGACAGCUUUAGAUGGAGGAUCUCCUCAGAGAUCAGGUACAGUAGUCAUUCAUGUCUCUGUGCUGGAUGCUAAUGAUAACGCCCCAGUGUUCAGUCAGGCUGUUUAUAAAGCCAGUCUGCCUGAAGACUCUCCUUUAGACACUCUAGUGGUCACAGUCAGUGCAGCUGAUGCUGAUGAGGGACUGAACGGAGAUGUGACUUAUCAAUUUGGCAACAUAGCUGAUGAUGACGUCAGCGUAUUUUCUAUUGAUCCGAAAACAGGUAAACUUAAAGUAAUUUCUGCGAUUGAUUAUGAAACACAAAGAUACUUUGAGAUUAGAAUAAAAGCCAAAGAUGGGUUAGGGCUGACCUCUUAUGCUAAAGUAAUAAUAGAUGUUACAGACAAAAAUGAUAAUGCACCUGCUAUCUACAUAAAGUCCCUGUCCAACCCGGUACCCGAGAACGCACCACCUGGUACAGAGGUGGGCAUCAUCAACGUGCAGGACAGAGACUCUGACAUUAACGGACAGGUCCGCUGCUCCAUCCAGCAGAACGUUCCUUUUAAGUUGGUUCCUUCUAUCAAAAACUAUUAUUCUCUGGUGACCACAGGACAGCUGGACCGUGAACUAGUGUCUGAUUACAACAUUACAAUCAGUGCCACUGACGAGGGCUCUCCACCUCUGUCCUCCUCUAAAACAGUUCAGUUAUCUGUAGCUGACAUCAACGACAACCCACCUGUGUUUGAGGAGCAGUCCUACAGCGCUUAUGUGAGUGAAAAUAACAAACCUGGCUCCACUUUAUGUUCCGUUAGUGCUCGAGACCCGGACUGGAGACAAAACGGUACCGUGGUUUAUUCUCUGUUACCUGCUGAGGUGAACGGUGCGUCGGUGUCCUCCUAUCUAUCAGUUAACGGAGACACGGGGGUGAUCCACGCUGUCAGGUCGUUUGAUUAUGAACAGCUGAGGAGUUUUAAAGUCCACGUGAUGGCCAGAGACAACGGUUCUCCUCCUCUCAGCAGCAACGUGACCGUGAGUGUGUUCGUAUCAGAUGUGAAUGACAACUCUCCUCAGAUACUGUACCCCGCCCCGGAGGGCAGCUCCUUCAUGACCGAGCUGGUCCCCAAAGCUGCACACGGAGGCUCUCUGGUGUCCAAAGUGAUAGCGGUGGACGCGGACUCUGGACAGAACGCCUGGCUGUCUUAUCAGAUAGUCAGAUCCACUGAUCCGGGACUUUUCACUAUCGGUGUGCACAGCGGAGAGAUCAGGACGCAGCGGGACAUUUCUGAAUCUGACAGCAUGAAACAGAACCUGAUUGUAGCAGUGAAAGAUAACGGACAGCCCUCUCUGUCUGCCACCUGUGCCAUGUAUUUACUAAUUUCUGAUAACUUGGCUGAGGUGCCAGAGCUGAAAGAUAUUUCUUAUGAUGACAAGAACUCCAAACUGACCUCGUAUCUGAUCAUUGCGCUGGUGUGUGUGUCCACCUUCUUCCUGACCUUCAUCAUCAUCGUCCUGGGUGUGAGGUUUUGUCGCAGGAGAAAGCCCAGACUGUUGUUUGAUGGAGCAGUGGCCAUUCCCGGAGCUUAUCUCCCUCCUAAUUACGCAGAUGUUGAUGGAACAGGAACUUUACGCAGCUCCUACAACUAUGACGCCUACCUGACAACAGGAUCUAGAACCAGUGACUUUAAGUUUGUGUCAUCUUACAAUGACAACACGCUGCCUGCUGACCAGACUCUGAAGAAAAGUCCCUCUGAGUUUGCUGGGAUUUUCAAUUCCCCUGAUUCGUCUCCAGAGUGAGUCGUGGAGGAUGGCUGCUCAUACUGAGCCAGGAUCCUCUGGCGGUUUCUUCCUGUUAAAAGGGAGUUCUCCUCUCCACUGUCGCUGCAUGUUUGCCUAGAGGAUUGCUGUAAAGUCACUGACACUAGUCAGCGACUUUUCUGGGUUCCUUAUAUAGGAAACUUUUUCUGAGAGUCUUUAUGAAUUGACCUGUAUUGGAAUGUUUAUUAUGUGAAGUGCCUUGAGACGACUCGUCGUGAUUUGGCGCUAUAUAAAUAAACUUGAAUUGAACUGAAUUGUAUAGCAAAGCCUUUCAAUGAAUAUUAAACCAAUCAUGAUUAAU